CUCAAAAGAUAUUACAAAACGUUCACUGUCAUUUGAAACCAGUCAGUUUUUUUUUCAUGGCAGAACUUUGCAUAAAAUUAGCAAAAACAGAAUGAUUAGCUCAUCAUUUGCGACUGGAGCUCUGGAUACUGUUCCCAAACUUAUUCAUUCUAACUCUUUUCCAACAUGUUCCCAGACGGUGGCCCUUUUUUACUAUGCGGAUACAAACUCAGUUAUCAUCUGCGACCGAAACGCUGGCAUUUUACGAUACAGCUUGAAAGACCGAAAGGUUACAGCACGUACAGUACAGCCCUUCUUGAAGCCAGUGCUAGCCGCCAAAUUUACAAAAUCUAUUCUCAUUUUGGGCGCCAACUAUCAGUAUUACAUUGUGGGCGUGGACUUGAAAACCUACUACAGGUUCGAUUUUCGACCGGAUUGCACGUUGGUUCCGGUUGGUCUGGAAAUUACCAAGUUUGAGAUAGUUCUUGCGUUUGGACAUGGUCUGCUGCAGUUUUUCUCCACUGAGGGGGAGGGGGUCGGGGAAGUAGACAGCAACCUACUCAGUCUAACAUCUGUCACCUGGAACACAGAACACGAAACGCUAUACGCUUCUGGACGAGAUCGGCAAGGCCUCUUAGCUGUUGUUGUUGUCGACAAAGACACCCAAACCAGCAUCACUGUUUUUGCGAUUCCACCCCUCAUUGGAAAACAACUAAAUUCCAAAACCAUUUUAACCUGCAAUCAAAACAACAUUUAUCUGAUCUUAAAGGAGUGCUCGAGGUUCUACGAGUUCAACAAAGAUGGCUUGCUGAUUCAAAGUGGAUACUUUCAAUACGGAAAUGCUGCUAUAAAUAGUAAUUCGCCAAUUGACGCUAUUGAUGUUUUUGAAACAAAAGAGAUCCUAAAACGUCGAGAUGAAAAAAUUUCUUCGUAUCAUUAUGCCGAUGGUGAAAGGAUGCCAUAUCGAAAGAUUACAGAAAUUUGCGUGAUAAACAAUUCAAAACUGUUCAAUUUCACUCUUUAACUGCUAGUUAAUCAAUAUAUUCAGAGACUACAUCGAAUCACAUUUUACCGAAAAAAAGCUUCGGAAUCUGAAAAAGGUGACUGAUGAUUAUUAUCUCUCAG